CCUCUCACCUGGUUCGGUCACACACUUUUUUUCAGGUGAAUGGGUUCAUUCUAAAAAGAAAAACACAUUUGAUGUGUUGAAUCCCUAUACAGGAGAUCUGCUUUGUAAGACAGCGAAUUGUGAUGUGGACGAAGCUAAACAGGCUGUUUCUGCUGCCAAGGAAGCUUUCAAAAAAUGGUCCAUGGAAACCACUCCUAAGCAGCGUGGCGCGAUUCUGAGAAAAUGGUUUGACAUAUUUGUGGAGAAAGAAAAGGAGCUUGCUCAACUUUUGACUCUUGAACAGGGUAAACCACUCGCUGAGGCUCGAGGAGAAAUAGGGUACUCUGCUGGAUUUUUCGAUUGGUAUGCUGGUGAAGCAAGACGCAUCUAUGGACAGACUGGCGAGGAAGCGGGACUUCCACCUGGUGUUUUCAAUGUGCUACCUGCAAGUCAUGAACAUACUGCGGAAAUGUCGAAAUAUUUGUGUGCAAGUACAGAUGUAGAUGUGAUAAGUUUUACAGGAAGCACCGCUGUGGGGAAGCUCCUUCUUGCCCAGUCUGCUUCUACUGUGAAAAGAGUAUGUCUGGAGCUAGGUGGUUCUGCUCCUUUCCUGAUAUUUGACUCAGCUGACUUGGAUGUCGCAGUCAAGGGAGCAAUGGCCGCAAAGUUCCGUGGUUCGGGUCAGACUUGUGUGGCAGCAAAUCGAUUUUUCGUGCAACAAAAGAUUCACGAUGAUUUUGUAACGAAAAUGACGGUUGCUAUGAAAGGGCUUGUCGUUGGAGAUGGAAUGAAUCCGAAGACAACCAUUGGUCCUAUGAUCAAUGAGACUGCUGUCAAAAAGAUUGAUGGCCUGCUCAAGGAUGCCGUGGCAAAAGGUGCACGUGUUGUGCUUGGUGGAAAGCGCGGGAAAGGAACUUGUUUCCAGCCAACUUUGUUAACAAACGUCACGAAUGAGAUGGACAUUGCACACACGGAAAUAUUUGGCCCUGUUGUUGCUAUACGAAAGUUUGCUGACGAAACACAGGCACUCAACGCUGCGAAUGACACCCGAAUGGGUCUGGCUGGGUAUGUGUUCAGCAGGGAUCCGUCGCAGAUCUAUCGAGUCACUCGUCGACUUCAAGUUGGAAUGAUUGGAGUCAACGAAGGUCUAAUGUCAUGCGCCGAAGCUGCCUUUGGAGGAGUCAAGGAAAGCGGGCUAGGCCGAGAGGGUGCAGCUCAAGGUAUUGACGAAUUCACCCAGUGGAAGUAUAUUUGCACACAACACUGA